CCAGCAAGGACUAGGAAAAGUAAGCUGCUGUGCUGCUAUUUGCGAGACCUCGCGAAACUCUCCGUAUAUUUACACGUAUUUUCAAAAAUGCGUGGUUCUCAGUUGAGCGGUUCAUUUGGAUGUGAAUGGCUAAUUAUUAUCUCUCUUCUCAGAGUGAGGACAUGAUAAGCCGGGUGUCAUUGCAGUUUGGGACAGCUACACUACGGAUUUACAGAGACCCGGAAGUAGUAGGCUACAAGCGAGUUGCUCCAUUUGUUUGUGUGAGUUUGGUGGAGAAACGAUCAACACGCGAAUGACAAGUUGAGCGUCGGUGAUGGAAAAUGAGGGCAUUGUUUUGAAUGCCUACGUGAAAACGAUGCCGACAUUUAUCGGCACUUACGACGAAGAUAACGAAAGCAAUAUAACAGAUGAGUCCAGCGAAGUUGGGGCACCAAGCACAUAUUUUGUGCAGGAUGAUAGGGAAACCAAAGUGUGUGUUCCUGACAGUGUUUUGGAACUGCAUAAGCACAGACCUGAAAACAAAGACAGUGUUGAAAGAGACCGAAAGACCACUGCAGUGGAUAUUUUAAGAAGAAAUUUCGGACGUUCACGUCGAAACUUCACUUUCACGGAGGAUUACAGAGAUCCAGAGGAUGUAGUUUUUACAAUUAGCAACAUGCAAAUGGGACACUCCGAAACGAAUGAAGAACCCUCGGACCAUAAUGGACAAGUGGAAGUAAAGUUAGAAUGUCAAAUGGAAUCAGAAUUUUCCGAUGUAGAAGAUGUUGAAAUUAGGCCUGAUGAUUCAGAGGAAACUUUAAAGUCUAGAGUUAAACCUAAAGAAGACGGUAGUAUGCGUGAGUUGAAACAACAUGUCUACUGCUCCGUUUACUGUAUUGCCAACGAUAGUUACAGAAAUUCCGUGGAUAUCACGGUAGGCGAAGAGGAUCAUCGGACAGUUACCCCCUCGACAUCCAACACAUCACUGGAACAAAAUACACAAUCCCCGCAACAGAGUGAAUCGGAGGUCACAGGAUAUCCCGAGCCUUUUACCUUAGCAGAUCUGGUGGAUGCUACCGCUUUGAACAACUUUUAUAAAGGGGAUUCGAGUUUGUCAGCUGUAUUGACUUGCCGCAUUUGUCUGGAAGAUAAACACAUAAAGCCGCUACAUUGUUGCAAAAAGGCUGUCUGUGAGGAAUGUCUGGAAACAUACACCAGUUCACAGGUGCGUGUGGGCCGUGCGGUCGUGGCCUGUCCAAUCACGGAGUGCAGUGGUUUCCUGGAGGAGAGCGUGGUGCUGGCCCACCUGGCCGCCGAGGACGUGGACAAGUACAAGUACUUCCUGGAGCUGAGCCGCCUGGACGUCGGCACCAAGCCAUGCCCGCAGUGCAACCAGUUCACCUCGCUCAAGAGCCGCAGCGGGGCACCCGCGUCCACCCGCAGCGCAGAGCACAAGUACAAGGUCCAGUGUAGUAAGUGCCAGUUUGUGUGGUGCUUCAGGUGCCACGCCCCCUGGCACGACGGCCUCAAGUGCCGCGACUACAGGAAGGGAGACAAGCUGCUGCGCGACUGGGCCAGUGUCAUCGAGCAUGGACAGAGGAACGCCCAGAAGUGCCCACGGUGCAAGAUCCACAUCCAGAGGACUGAGGGCUGCGAUCACAUGACCUGCACGCAGUGCAACACCAACUUCUGCUACCGCUGUGGGGAGAGGUACCGGCACAUGCGCUUCUUCGGCGACCACACCUCCGACUUGAGCGUGUUCGGCUGCAAGUACCGCUACCUGCCCAACAAACCCCACCUGCGCCGCUUCGUCAGGGGCUCAGUCUGUGUGACAAAACUGCUGUUGUGUCCAUUGGUGAUUGUGCUCACGGUGGUGGUUGGUGCAGUGGUCAUCGUUGUUGCUCUGCUGAUCUUCCCCAUCUACUGCUGCAAGAAGCGCAGGAAGAGGCCCCAAGGGACCGAGUACUGGUUCUCCUGAAGGGCCUCCACCAACUACAACUCCUUCUCCUCCUCCUCCUGUUCCUCCACCACCUCCUACUACUGCUACUCCUCCUCCUCCAUCCCAUGCUACUCCACUGCUGCUUCUGCUUCUGCUGCUGGUCCAGCCCAGCACUGGGGUCAACGGAGGACACCGAUGGGUGGGCCCAUUGGCUACGGAUGAGCAGACAAACCAAAACACACACACAGACACACACACAGACACACACACAGACACACACACAGACACACACACCCCUGCCUUCUCCUGUGUCCUCGGUAUCUGCAAUAGAGAGAGGAAGAAGGCUGAGCCAACCUCUCGCCCACUAAUGAGGCAGUUACAGACAGGGACAGACAAACUCAAACCCAAGCACAGCAGUCAUGUCCUGCUGAGUACCAUUUAGUUCUGUUGGAUACUACUCACUCCCACACACAUCCAGCACACUCACUCCUCCACUGUUUCAAAUGAUGCAUCUCUAUGGGAGUGGCAUCACCGUGGCUACCGAACAGACUUUUAAACUGAGAUGAGAAUGAAGGCUUUUAGAUCAGACUCAACCAAGAACCCUUUCAACAACAACAUGGGAAACCCUUAAUUCUGCACACUACAAGUACUUGACGUAUGAAUCAACCUAUAACUGUUGACAGACUUAACUGUUGUAUACCAUUGCACACUUUUUCCUUAGUCUUAUAAGGGUCAGUGGCAUGUUCAGACCCCCCCUAGAAAAUACUUUUACCGUUUUUCAUUUUCAGGGACUCUUUUUUUUGCGGAGUGUGGAGAGAGCGGAGAGUGUGACCGGUCUGUGCCGAAUAAUUUCUCUGGACAUCGUGAUAACCAAGUCACAGAUAAGCAAAAGCUUACCCGCUGAGGAGACGUGGUCAGCACAGCCGUUUUGAUCCCAGGCUACUGAUAACCAUUGGCUGCCAAUGUUGCUAAGCAACUGGAAAUGCUAAUGCGGAGUCAGCGAGCGUAAACAGAUUUAAAAUUAUUAUCAUCGGAAACGGCGCACACACAAACUCAUUUGAGUUGGCAAUUAACUGUACAUGUUAAUAUACAAACAAAUAUGACUCGUGGUUUAUAGCAGGACUUGUUUGCUGAUAUUAACCAAAGUAUGUAAGGUUUUUUUUUUUUUUUUUACUAGUAGCAGGUGUUUCCAAAACUGAUCUGGCCCCUUUCUGGCACAGAAUGAAGCCCUCUGUAGGAACCUAGAAUGUUCUGAUCAAGACCGUUUGAAGAUUCUGAACAGUGUUAAGGAUGACGUUCGGAGGGGAGGGUGGGUUGCAGAUAGUUGCCAGCCUGGUCAUUUUAGUGGCCUCUGUUUUUGCUAAGCACCUCUCUUCGUAAUCUCCACUCCCUUCAAAUCCUAUAUGAGGGCUGUGCCAAGCUCGCUGGUAUGUGCAUCACUGACAAAAACGCAUUCAAAUCUGCUCUCUUUUUUUUAUUUUUUUAGAAGAACCAAACAGUAGGUCACAACAGUUGCAGACUGCUCUGCUGCAACUUCAGUGCCAAUAUAAGAGUCUGUCACUUUUCUCGUGUGGGGUUUUGCUAUGCCAAAUGUUUGUUUUGCCCCGUGACGCACACCCAACGUCUUUUGAGAAGAAAAAUGCAACAAAAUGAAGUUGAAAUUCUCUCUCUUUUGCUCUCAGGAUUUUGCACAAAAUUAAGGACUGAAAUGAAUGCCCACUGAUGAGAAAAGGUUGAAUUGUAAUUGUAAGAAUGCGCUCAGAGAGAUUUUUUUUUUUAAGUCAAAGACUCAUUCUCCCACCUUCCUCCUAAGCAUGACUGGUUCACACGCUUCUGAAUCGUGUUUUUAGCUUUUGCACAUGGGAGGCCAGCCCGAGAGAUGAGGAGGACGGAAAACGCAUUUUAAACGCCAGGCUCAGCGGUCACUCUCCCACUGGACGGGUGGGUGUGUGCGGGGGAUGGGAGAGGGAGUGGGUUUGGUGGUGGUCAAAAGUUAUUUAUUGCUGUAGCAUGUCUCAUGAGCCAAGGAUUGUCCAACCCUGUGUCAAACCAACACUGCAUGAAAUGGUCACUGUGUUUUUUGUUUUGUUUUUGUUUUUGUUUGUCUCUUUUCCCACCACUGUAAAUAAGUCACUGGAGUGUGCAAGACGCAUGGGGUCACCCAUAUCUCUUGAAUUCUUUUUAGUUGUCAGGGAUCACAUGUUUUAAUUAUACUGGCCUGAGGUUAAAGGAUUUGUAGCUGAGUCGGCCAACAGUGUUUUAAGACCCACUUAUUAUGUUUCAGAGACAUGUUUUAAGAGGAUGAAUUGUAGUCCGACAUCCCUCUGUGGUCCAGCGUCACUCUUCGAGAUUGGGGCGUAUGGCUUUACUCCACUGUCCAAAUUCAAUCAGAGCCAUAUUAGCCAGUAGGGCUUUUAGCAGACCUCUGCCAGACACUCACACGGUUUCUGGGCAAGCCUGGCCACUGCCUCUGUUGCUGGUGCUACUGAUGCCGGCUGGCACCAGGGUCAGCGAGGACGUAGCAGGUGGCAUGAUGGGUGCCCGUCGAGUGGUCGGUAAGGUCACCCCCUCGACAGACGCAGAGUCCACUUUGUCAGACAAUUUGCUUGUGGCUGCCUCUUCAAGCUUCAAGCUCUGUCGCAGCCCAUGCACACACACACACACAGCCCUGGGCCCUCGUCUGAUGGUAGAGGGGCACUUUGUUAGAUGCUGCGGUGUAACUAGGCAACCCCAGCAAGGCUGUGCCACUUUUAUCGGGAGAGGCAGUGAGAGAGAUUCUUGGAGUAUAUCUCCGAUCUCCUCAAGUUCACUCAAUGGCUCAAAGAACUGUGAGUAAUCACAGAAUGUCCAAAGGCACGAUAUUUGAAUUAGAAGGAUGUAAGUGAUUCUUCUCAGGUAUUGCUGUACAAACAACUGCUGAUUUCAAUCCUCGUUCCUCCCUUGUGCACUAUACUCUACAUGAAACCUGGCCAAAAGAAUCUCCUUGGGGCAUUUAGGUCAUACCUGUUUUCAGUUCACACAUUUUUUAUUUAUUUUAUUGCAAAUAACUGUUUACAAACAAUUUUGUUUCCAUUUUGACUGUAUAUUCCUUCUGUUUCUUCUGUAAAGGUCUUUUAUUCCACCCACUGAUUCAACUCAAGAUUUGGUUUGAUAGAAGACCUGGUUGCACCAUUGUGAUGACGUUGCUAUGGAGCCUUCCCCUGUGCCUUCCUCUGUAUGUUAUUUAUAUGGGGGUUUAGUUAUGUAUAAAAUAUGUUUAUCUACUUUUGUCAAGAGGGUCACCUGAAAUGUUCUCCUUAGAAACCUUCUAGCACACAGGACAAAGUGUAUUUCUUUGAAAUGUACACCAUUGGUGUACACAUUUUGGCGUAGUACGUGGUAUGAAACUACAAGAGACUUGUUUCCUUUCACACUCACACCUUCAGGAAAACACGAUACCAAAUGAUUAAGAACUAAAGCACAUCACGCUUUUUUCUGAGAUGUUUUGCUGCUGCACUUUAUUUAUCUCCAAAGUCUGGUGAAAGAAAACAACCAAAUGUCAGGCAGCCACUGUGCAUAUCUUAUCGUGGAAACCCAUUAAAAGAAACUGAAUUUG